AUGUCUUCCAUACAGAAAAGUCGGCCUCACAAAGAAAUAUUUGGCUUAACUCUGGAUGAUUCAAUUUGGCGAGAUCAAACAAGGACAUCUCUACGAUCAAAUGAUUGGUUAGAACAAAUGUUGUAUCAAACCCUCUUGGUUCCAAAAAAAGUUUCACAUGUUCAACAAAAAUCGAAACAAGUUAACACUUUCUUUCAAUAUGGAUUUCCAUCAUUACUUGAAUUGAUGAAACCGGUUCUCACACAAGGCCUUGAUGCGAAACUUCAAGAGAAUAACUCAUGUUAUUCAUUGUUUCAAUAUGAUCUCCUAUGUAGUAAAAGGAAUAACGAUGAAAGAUCAGAAACACAAAUUUGCCCUCUUGAUCUUCCAAAACCAUCACGUAAAGUUCAACGGCAGAUGAAUGAUAACGUUUCUUACAUACGUCCAACGGGUACGCCCAAUAUGAAACCUUUGAGAAAAACCGUUCAAUUUAAUUGUGCAGAUGAAAGGUUUAAUGGGACAAGCGGUGUGUCAACCCUUAUGGAUAAAUCCGUCCAACCGGAUUCGUCGAAAUUAAACCAACCAAACAAAAUGUUUAUGUUUGAGAAAAAUAUUCAACUGGUUAAUUCUUCAAAUAAUGAUGUGAAUAAACUUCGCAAGCAAAGUAAUGCUAGAUCAAUGCAAAAAUCUUCAUCUUUGACCGUAGAGAAGGUUCGAAGUAUUUUGAAAUUUUAUCAUACAACAUCUAAAGGUUUAAUUGAAAAGAAGGAACGAGAGAAUUUCUCAGACGAUGAGGAAGAUUCUUUGGAUAAUAUUAACAACGUCAAAUUAUUCAAAUGUGCUCAAUGCGAUAAGGAAUAUCCUAAUAAAUCUUCUAGGAAGAUACACGUUAGACACGAUCUUAAUUACGUUUGUAAAUCAUGUAACAAUGUUUCAUCUCAUGUAAGACAGAUACAGCUUCAUGAAGAAAAAACUCACGGAGUGUUGAGUAGAUGUUACGUUACGAUAUCAAGAAAAAGACGCCCAAGACAAAGGAGGAGCGAUUCUGGUGCCACCCGUAAUUAUUAUUGCUGUGGACAAACUUUUAAGGCGGGCAGAGAAUUUGGCUUACAUAAAAGUACUCACAAGUUUAUGAUUAAUAGAAAUUGA